AUGGAUCUGAAUCAAUCGAAAUGUGAAGUUCUUUCGGUGACCGGAAAUCUGAAGCUAGUGCCGUCGAGCUACCACCUUAAGUACGACACUCUCGUCAAGAGAACCAAUGCCCAGAAAGAUCUUGAAGUGAUCAUCACAUGCGAUUUGAAAUGGAACCAGCACGUGUCCAUGGUAUGUGCCAAAGCAAACAAAAUGCUCGGCUUCAUUACAAGAUCAUCAAUGGACAUUCGCAACGCAAUGGUGCGAAGCCAGAUGGCAUAUUGCACACAAAUUUGGUCACCACAAUCGGUAUCACUAAUCCUUCAAGUAGAAAACGUCCAGCGUCGCGCCACCAGAUACAUUUUAUCACUGCCAUUCUUGUCAGGAGUAUCAUACAAAGAUAGACUUGUCAAAAGUGGUUUACUACCAUUAACAUACUGGCAUGAAUUCCUGGAUUCCUGGAUAUGGUCUACCUUUACAAAGCGUUAG